CAUAAAGUUAUAUUGUUUUAGUGUUUUUUUGAUUUUUAAUAGAAAACAGGAAAACCAUUAGAAUUAUUAGUCGAAAUUAGUGAAAUCACAAGUUACAAAUACAACAAAAAUAAUCAUGACGAGGUAUACAUAAUUGUCAUUAUAAUAUUUUAAUUAAUUAUAUAAUAAUGUAACGACUUAAACAUUUUUAAGUAUUUUAUUUAAUUUGUUUGUAAUUUAAAUGAUUGUUUAUAGUAGUGUGCUUGGUUUUCUUUAAUAUAUUACUACUAUUCAAUGAUAAACAAUAAAAAAUACCACUGCAAUUAAAAACAAAAUUCUUUUGUUACAGUGGAAAAUACAAUUUUUUACGGUAUGUCUAUAUACCCGACUUAGGUCGGUUAUCGAUAUCAUACCUGACCACCGUUAUCAAUACAAUAGUUACCGCAUGCAUGAUCGGGUAACCACUAAAAAUCCGGCCGUCCAUGAAAAAAAAAAGUAGAAUUAUCCCGAGCCGGUCGCUUGGAUUGUUUUAAUUGAAAAUUUGUUAUGCAAAACCAUUUCGGGUAGUUAAUAUUGAAAAAUAAAUUGUAUCUUUAUUGUUUACCUAACCAUGAUUGCGGUAACUACUUUAUCGAUAACGAUGAUCGGGUAUGAUAUUAAUAAUCAAACAAAGUCGAGUAUAUAGACAACCAUUUUUUAUAAUAAUAAAUUAAUAAUAUUUAAAAAUAUUGUUCCUAACCAGACAAUGUGAAAUUUAUAUUAAAUGAUAUUACUCCAUAGAUAUCAUUUAUUAGUUUCCAUAUUAAAAAAUUAAAGUUAUGGAUAUUUUUUAAUUAACCUGAACAAAAUUGUAGACUUAAGAGACAAAUUAUUGUCAUUAUGAUAGAAAAUCUAGAACAUGAUUAAAUAUUUUUCAAGUUUUUCUGAAAAAAAAAACCAAGCAGGUACUUGCAUAUAAUAAAAUAUUAACCAAUUAUUUAAUUAUUUACAAUAGACAACAAAAACUAGUUAAUUUUAUAAUUAAUAUAAUUAAACACUAAGUAACUCAGCGACUUUUCAGAGCCAAGUUAGAAUUGGGCGAAAUUACUCACCAUAAUAUAAAACAGCUUAAACGACUAAAUACUGUGGUUUUUCCUGUGUCAUAUAACGAAAAGUUUUAUAAAGAUGUUCUGGAAGCCGGAGAACUAGCUAAAUUAGGUAGGUGUUUUACUAUUACUUUUUACUUUAUAGUUUCAUUACUAUGAAAUAAAUCUAGUUCAAUACUCCCUUAUAUAUAUUUUUUUGAUAAUUUUAUAUUUUUAGCAUAUUAUAAUGAUAUUGUGGUUGGAGCUGUAUGUUGCCGAAUAGACCAAGAAGUUGGUCGUCGACUGUAUAUAAUGACUCUGGGAUGUUUAUCACAGUACAGAAGGCUUGGCAUAGGAAGUAUGAUGGUUCAACAUGUAUUAAAUUAUGUUGAAAAUGAUGGUACAUUUGAUGCUGUCUAUUUGUAAGUAUUUUUAUUUUCUAUAGUUAAUUUCAGUGUUUUAUUAAGUACAUGUUUUAAUUUAGACAUGUUCAAUUGAAUAAUGAUAGUGCCAUUAAGUUCUACAAAAAAUUUGGCUUUGAAAUAGUUGAAACUAAAGAGCAUUAUUACAAAAGAAUAGAACCUGCAGAUGCUUAUGUAUUGGAAAAGCGGCUAAGGCCUAAAAUAUUGAACGGAAAAAAUGAAAAUCUGUCAAAUAACAAUAAAAAAGAUUAAAAUACUAAAUAGCUUUUUCAUUUGUUUAUUGUAUUUAUAAUUUUAUUAUAAUAAUAAUAGAAUACAUACUGUAAAUUUACAGUAUAUAAUAAACACAUAAAAAAUGUUUUUUGUUGGUGAUAAUUUAGUUAAGUAUUUUUAUAUUAAUCUUGAAAAUACUUUUUCAUAAUUCCUUAUUACUGUUGUAUAGAACAUAUAACUAAAAUAGUACACACAAAAAAAACCUACUAACACUUAAAAAUGUAUUUAAGUACAUUAAUACAAAUUGAUAGAAUUAAUUUAAUAAUUUUUGGAACACAUGUAAUUUAGGAAAACUUCUCAAUUUUAAUUAAAAAAUAAUAUUAAGACUCAGAUUUUUCAAUUUCUUUAAACAGUUCAGCAAUACGCUCUGCACACAGUACUGAUCCUUCGUGGGCUUCUUUACAUGUCUAUAAAUAAAUAUAAACAUAUCAGUUAAAUCAUAAUGUGAAAUAAGUAUUAAAUUCCAACUCACAAUAGCCAAGUUUAAAAAACCAUGAGGUAAUCCUUUUAAAAUGUCCAUAUUCACUUUUUUUCCAAGUCCUUUUAAUCGUUUUGCAAACAUUACACAAUCAUCUAAACAUGGGUCCAUAUGCACUGUCUGUAAAUUGUA